AUGUCAUUCAAAAAGGAUCUAAGGCUGCUUGUGAAGCCAUACUAUUUGAUAAAUAUCCUUCUCAGUGUCUCCUACAUUAUCGCCAAACGCCUUCCUGUAGUCUGUAAUUAUAUAUUUGCUCAAGACGGCUGCGAGUUUGAUGGGAGGGAGACACAGAUUCUCUUUUUCCUCAUAACUGUCGUCAUGAUAAGGACAAGAAAAACUGGCAGCGUAACUAUGAUUAAUUACUUGACAUCUAGUUUCAUGUAUACAAAAGGAGCAAAUUUGAUCCUGUGGUUCUACGCAGAUGUACGAAUGGGCAUUCUAUACGCAUUUAUUUUUAUAUUAUUCGCAUUAGUGUUGCCAGAACCGAUGUAUCAAGGGCCUGAAAACGUCGUCUAUCUACGUGGAGCCACUGGAUUGCAGGAAGAAUUACAACGUAACACCAGAGUGGUCUGGCUAGUUGCAUUUUACACUGCAUGGAAUCCAGCUUGUGUAACCUUUGCACCAAUAUUUUCUGAACUCUCUGCAGAAUAUGCAUUGGAGAACUUCAAAUUCGGUAAAGUGGAUGUUGGAAGACAUCCUGAUGCCGCGGCAAAGUAUCACGUCAGCGAUGCCAGCACAAGCAAGCAGCUGCCAACGCUAAUACUCUUUAAAGAUGGCAAGGAAGUAGAGCGACGUCCAUAUGCGGAUCAUAAAGGAAAACUUGUCAAAUUUCUUUUCUCGCUGGACAAUAUAAAGGCUGCUUUCGAUCUCAAUAAUAUUUAUAGUGACUGCAAAAAGAAUCCUAUUAAAAGAAAAGAGAAGAAGUUAUUAAAGGCGGAAUAAUGAAGUGAAAUUUA